GAUUACAAACAUGCGGACCCUUCACUUACUUUGACCGAAUUUGGUGCGUGCGAACAUUAAGUCUUAUUUUUUUUCAUUAAAGUUAUGAAUUUUUCUGCCGCUCCAAACAUCGCCCGCGAUGAUCCGGCUAGUUUUGUUUGUGCGGAAAGUAUUAAAUUUCGUAAACUCCGACCACAGAACAUUGUACAUCGUCUACGCAACCGAGAGAUGGGUUUCACCGUUAAACAUCCUCAGCAUUCGGCGCGCGAGUUCUAUCAGAAUGUUUACCCUAAUGUGACGGUUAUGCAUGUUGAGAAACCGGCUUGUUAUUUACGGAAAUUUAGUCCGGACGGCAAAUACUUGAUAGCAUUCUCGUGCGAUCAAACUUCCCUGGAAAUCUAUACAUACCAUGGGUGUUCUGCGGCAGCUGUGUUAUUCGAUCGAUGUGAGGACACAGAACUAAUAGAACGAUGUGGGGAAGAAAGUGAAAAUUAUGAUAUUCGAAGGUACAUCUUUGAGAAAUUGUUUAAGCUCAAACACGUCGUCAGCAUGGACGACAACGAGAAGCAGCUGAAUCGCGAAUGCAGUUUAUUCACUAAUGAUGGCAAAUAUGUCAUUGUUGGAUCGGCUUUGUUCAUACCUGAGGAGAAUCGACCACACUUCUAUGAACUGUAUACGAACAAUGAGGCUAUAAAGCCUACGGCUAGUUGUCCACUUGAAGAUUACACAUUGUACAUUGUGGAUAUCAAGAAUGGCUAUAUUUCGGAUUCGAAGGAUUUCAAAGUGGAUAAAAUUAUGCUAUCGCAUAAUCAAGGAGUUUAUCUGUACAACGAUACGCUAGCGGUGCUCUCGAUUCAGCAUCAGACUAUUCAUAUAUUCUCGAUUGCCGAAGGGACGUUCAUCAUAGAACGAGCAAUCGGAAGAUUUUGCUGCCCUGAUGAGAGCUACUUGUAUAAUCUAGGCACAGCAGGAACAGAAGCAACGGCAAACAUGCGUGCCUUUAGAGAGCCAACAAUCAACAGUUUGAAGCACAAAAUUUUGAUUUUCCUCUUCCGACAUGCACAGGCAAAAGUGGAAAGCGGGGAGGACCGUCAUGCUCUACGCACGUUUUAUCGUCGAUUUGAUGAAUAUAAAAAUCUCCGCAUGUGGAAAAUGCAAUUACUGGACGACGAUCAUUUGCUUAUCAAAUAUGCGAAUGAGGAUGUUGUUACACUAAAAACGAUGGAACCAAACCACACCAAUUGUGUGUUCGUGUUUUAUAAUAUCUGGAAGAAUAAAGUCAUAGGAAUCUAUGGAGGUCAAUCGCCGGAGCUGCUUUAUCUGUAUGAGAACUUUUGCGACUACUUUCGCAACGCUAAUCUAGCAUAUCAGACGCAGUUCACGUGUUCCCCUAGUAAUAAUAUUUAUAGUAAUCUAAUUCAUCAGCGCUUCAAGCAAACAAUGAUCGGCGCUCGAGGUGGAGGUGUUCAGGAAGCUACCAAACGUAUUCUUGCACAGCUACCAAUCAGUGCCCAAAGCUACAGCAGUUCUCCAUAUCUUGAUCUCGGUCUUUUUAGUUACGACGACAAAUGGGUAUCGGCAAUGGAACGUCCGAAGGCGUGUGCCGAGUUUCCCAUCCGAUUCUUUGCCCGCGAUUCGAGCCUACUUAAGUUCAAAAUUUAUGCCGGAGCACAGCUUCUGCCGACAAGUUCAAACUCUCGACGGCUGGUGGCCUUCACUUUUCAUCCAACGGAACCGUUUGCAAUCAGCGUCCAACGAAUCAACGCCGAGUAUAUCGCAAACUUCCACAUUCGAAUCGCACAAGUGCGAAUACAGCGGUGAUUCACCAAAACGAGGCGUGAAUUACAUCUAGUUUAGUAAAGUUUUAUAAUAUCUGUUAAGAUACUUGAAUAAGACAUGACUGACAUUAGCCACCUGUUUAACUCUCUGCUUUCUGAUGCUACAUCCCACGAAGAGAUUGAUUCUUUUUCACAAUAUUGUUUCGUCUAUAGUUCUCCAACUCCGUGCCGCACCGAUUCUUGCCAAAUCCCGCUCCACCUGGCCCAACAACCUCGCUCUUUGAGCUCCUCUUCUUGUCCCCAUUGAAUUCGAUGCGAACACCAUCUUUGCGGGACUGCUAUCCGACUAUCUUGCAACAUUCCUUGGCGAUUUUUCUACAUACUCAGUUUCUCUGUACAUUGACACAAGUGAUUAUGAGUCCUCUUCGAACAACUUCGAACAUGCU